UGGUAGACGUCAGAUUUCUGCAAAGACCAUGCAAAAAGUUAGGUUAGGACAAGACGUCAAAUUAAUUUGUUUUGAGAAUAUUUAAACACAAAUCGACAAAAAUGAACGUAAUUGGGGCCGUAAAGGCCUACGUGGAUAAAAUGACCGAUGAAAGUGAGCCGGGCAUGAAAGUCCUGCUAAUGGACAAAGAAACAACCAGUGUGAUCAGCAUGGUUUACAGUCAAAGUGAAAUUCAGCAAAAGGAAGUGUUCCUGCUGGAAAGGAUCGAUUCCCCUAACUAUGCCAAUUCCACCGGGCUCCGCUAUCUUAAGUGUUUGGCCUUUUUGCGGCCUACGCAGCGCAAUAUCGAGUUACUGUGCAGUGAACUUCGUAACCCCAAGUACGGUGCUUAUUACAUAUAUUUUUCCAAUAUUGUGGCAAAAGCCGACAUUAAAAUGCUGGCUGAAAAUGACGAGCAAGAAGUCGUGAAAGAAGUCCUGGAGCUUUACAUGGAUUACUUGGCAGUUAAUCCGCAUUUGUUCUCCAUGGGGCUUCCCUGUUGCAUGGAGCGAUUGGCUUGGAAUCAGAGCGCAUUGCAACGAUCCGUGCAAGGCCUAGUUUCAGUUAUUCUGUCUCUGAAAAAGUCCCCUAUUAUACGGUAUCAGGCAAACUCCAAACUUGCCCUAGAUUUAGGCAGUAGAAUAGAAGACAUCAUGAACAAGGAAUCGUCCCUGUUUGCCUUCGGCCAAGGCGGGCACAGUCUAUUGCUGAUUCUGGACAGAAGGGAUGACCCAAUCACCCCGUUGUUGAAUCAGUGGACUUAUCAGGCGAUGGUUCACGAAUUACUCACCAUAAACAAUAACCGAGUAAACCUCUCGAACAUUCCAGGUGUAUCCAAAGAGCUUUCCGAGGUGGUCCUAUCCGCAGAACAGGAUGCGUUCUAUGCGAAAAACAUCUUCAUGAACUACGGGGAAAUUGGGCAGAACAUCAAGCAAUUAAUGGAUCAGUUUCAGGCCAAGGCAAAGAGCCAUCAGAAAAUCGAAAGCAUUGCCGAUAUGAAAAGUUUCGUGGAGUCGUAUCCGCAAUUUAAGAAACUAUCGGGCAAUGUCACUAAACACGUAACAGUCGUGGGCGAAUUGAGCUCAAUGGUAAACAAAUACCAUCUUCUCGAUGUGUCCGAAGUGGAGCAGGAAAUCAGCUCGCAAAAUGACCAUUCCUCGCACUUAAACAGUGUGAAAAAAGUGAUCCAAGACGAUAAAAUCCGACAUACAGAUGCAGCCAAACUAGUCAUGCUCUAUGCUUUGCGCUACCAAAACCACACAAAUAAUGAAACCUUUGGCCUAAUAGAACUGCUGAAAAAACGGGGCGUUAGCGACAAACUAAUUAAAGACAUCGUGUAUCUUUUGGAGUAUGCGGGAUCGCAUGCAAGACAAAGCAACUUGUUUAACGUGGAGGACGCAGUUCAGAUUACAAAACGGUUCUUCAAAGGCCUUAGUGGGGUCGACAACGUUUACACCCAGCACAAGCCGUUGCUGCACGAUAUUCUGGAAGACCUUGUCAAGGGCAGGUUGAGAGAGAACCUUUACCCAGUGGUGGGCAACCACUCGAGUGGCUUAAGGGCGCAAGACAUAAUAGUCUUUAUUGUCGGGGGCGCCACUUAUGAAGAAUCCCUAACAGUGCACUCUUUUAAUAAGACUUAUCCCAGCUUCAACAUACUGUUGGGCGGCACAACCAUACACAAUUCGAGUAGUUUUCUCGAGGAAAUCGAGAACGCCUACAGAGGGGAGGCGAUGAGAAUGAGGAAACACACCAAACAUCUUCGGAAUGUUAAGUUCGAAUAAACCAAAGACCGCUAGUUUAAUGUAUUUUAGAUUAUUUAAGUGCGACAUUCCUUGAUGCAGGGUGUGUAAAAUGUCCUAUCGCAGAUUUAUGCAGCAGGCGACGAUUUUCGAGAUACCGGAUACAGGAUACACCCUGUGUAGUUAGUACUACAUUGUUUUUGUAUGUUAAGAGUGUAUUUUUGUUGAUAUCUAUUUAAUAUAACUUAUUCCGUGUA